GGGCGGGGGGCGGGAGGAUGGGGGAGCUGGGGCUGGGCCAGGAGUUUCACACGUGGCAGCAGUUCAGCAGCUUCUUCGACGACUGGUGCGAGGAGCACAAGGUGCUGUUCAUCAUCGCCAGUCUGAAGCCGCUGAUCUCGCUGCGCCAGCACCCGCUGCACUACCAGCCCAACCUGGCCGAGACCCUGCGCUUCCGCUUCGUGCGCCUCAUCUGCAAGCACAGCGGCACCUACGUGGGGCAGAGCACCGUGCAGCGCAACAAGCUCAGUGAGAAGAUCGACUGCCCAGCUUCCAUCACACUGCGCUUGGGCCCUAAGAAGGACCGACUGGUGGUGAUUGAGGCCAGCUUGGAGCACAACCACAAGCUCUCAGAGGUGGAGUUUGCCCACUACUUCAAACGGCACCAGCUGGAGGCCAGCAUGGGCCUGCCCAUCCGUAUCACCAACAGCGUCUCUAAGCGCUUCCUGGCACCUGACCUGGUCUGGAACCUGGAGGACUACAGCAAGGCCAAGGACAAAGGGAUGUGUGAGCUCCUGAGCCAGCUGGACGGGCUCUUCAAGAGUGACCCGGGUGCCAAAGUCAAGCUGGUCUUUCAGGAAGAUGUGGCUGUGCUGAAUAGCAUCUUCUUGGCCACCUCGCACAUGCGGGGACUGGCCCAGCACUUCCCUCGCUGCCUCUAUAUGGACAAGGCCACCUGUGUCAACAGUGAGUUUGAUCUCUACUCAGUGCUGUGCCAGGAUGCCAAUGGGCAGGGUCGUGAGUGUGCCUACUGUGUGGCACGCCGGGGUGUGCCUGACCUAGUCAUUUUCAUUGUGGCUUCCCUGGUGCAGAGUGUGCCUGACAUCAAGUUGAAGGUGAAAUGUUUGACAGUAGGGGCAGGCAUCACGGACGUUGAUGCGGUGGAGGAGGUGCUGCCCUGUGCCCGUGUACAGAUCUGUCGACUGCAGGUUUUGGAGGCACUGUACCGCAAGGCACAUGAGCUGGGUGUUCCCAAGGAGGACAAGGUGCGCAACCUCCUGCACAACAUGGCCAAUGCCAGCUCACCCCGUGUCUACAGCCAGUACCUGAGUGACCUGGAGGAUGUGGCACCAUUAGACUUUCUGCAGUACUAUCUGGAGACCUGGCAUCACAACAAGGGCACGUGGGCUGAGUGCUGGGCCUUUGAGAAGAACCGUGACUGCCCCUUCCUGGAACACAUGAGCUUCCACCAGCAAAAGCUGCGCUCAGCGCUCAGCCCACCCAUGGGGCUGGCAACCUGCGUGCGGGGACUGCUGGACCUGCAGGCCUUACGGGUUGAGAUGGCAGCACUCAAUGAGGAACAGGUGUCAGAACUGUACCGUGCUGUGUGCCCACCUGAGAAUGCCGCUCUCAUUGCUGAGGAGCUGAGCCUGGCCAAGCAUGCCAACUAUCAUGUCAAGGAGGUGCCUGAGGGCUUUCUGUUGGAUGGUGGCAUCUGCUCCUUCGUUGUGAGCCAGGACCUGGCCGCUUGCAGCUGCUCCAUUUAUGUCUCCAGCCGUCGGCCCUGCCGCCACCUAUUUGCUACCCGCCUCUGGACUGGACAGCCCCUUUAUGAUCCCAGCUUGUUGCAGACCCCACCAAGCCCUGAAGAACAGGACACCUAGCUUCCUGGGUGCCUUGCAGACUGAGCAGCAGCCUUGGGGCAAGUCCCAUAGGGCUGGCCCUGGGGCAUCACUAGAGAAAGGGGUCCCAGGCCCCAGAGACAGUGGAGUGAGUUCCCUGCCAGUGGCUAUGGGGCACAGGCCAGGAGGGAAGGCAUGUGGUGUGGACUGGGCUAGGCCAUUUGCCCACCUGGGCAGGCUGGGGCUAGACCUGUGUGCCCUCUACAGUUUGGGGCAUGUGAGGAGGCAACCAGCAUCAAAGAAAACUCUUUAUAAAGUUCCCAUCAAUAAAAUGCCUUUUGGAAAUUGCUCUGUGUGAUCGUGG